AUGGCGACUUCGAGUGGAGAAGAAGAAAACAGCUCCGCUCCAACCAAUUUUCCUAUCUGUUUCUCCAUCAUUGAGAGUUCAGAUGUUACUGAAGUUGCCGUAGAACGCUGCCCCCUAUGUUGCUGCACGAGAAGACCCUUCACUUGCUCGGGUUGCGUGAAUGAGGGCAAUUUUAUUCAUUCAAAAACAAAGGAUUGUCAGAGUUAUCAAGACAAGUUAAAAAAAUGGGAAGCCAUAAAAAAGGAAAGAUCAGAACUCCUAGAAAGGUUUCAAAGUGAUAUAUCAGGCCGAGUGAGUUUUAUGAAAAAGAAAACCGACGUUCAAAUGAGAAAAGAAAAGUUGAAGAACCUUAAGGAGGCUAUAGUAGCUAGUAAAACCUUAUUGGCGUCUGAUAAAGAGAACAUCCAGAAGCUAAAGGAUGAAAACACAAUGCUGCUCACAAGAUCCAAGAAACAUUCAGAGAAAAUCCAACGUAUCUGCCGCUACAUCAAGCAGACAAACCAGCAUACCAACAAGCAGCAGGGAAUACUAGAGGAGAAGGAGGAGGAGUUAUGUGCCAUAAGGAAGGAAUUCGUUGACUUAUUGGUCAAGUUUAUCUUUAACUUGGAGGAUGUGCAGCUAACUUGUGAAGCAGACAGCAUGGUGAUGAGUACAGUCAGUGCUCUAGCAGAGGCACGCAGGAUGUCCUAUGUGAGGGGGCGUUGGAUUGACCUUGACAAUGGUGGAGAGAUGCAGUAUCGUAUUGUAGAGCCCACCCUCCCUGGCAAUGGAGAUUAUUCUGCCUACAAUGUGUGGUUCAGUCGAGAGGCAGCGUCGGCUGCCACGUCUGGUCAAGAGAGUGAGCUCAGUCAGCGUAACCCUGGCAACACAAUCAGUGCUGCCCUCUGCUACACUGUUCAGAUGAUCUCAAUCAUGGCUUAUGCCCUUGAUGUACACUUACCGAAGAGACAGUGUUACAGUGUUUUCUGCAGUAACGAGAUGUCAGAGAAACACUUCAGUAAAGCCAUCGCCAAGCUUAACUGCAAUAUCUUGCAUCUGUGCUGCAGUCAGGAGGUGAAUCCCGAGCUUCUGCACCCCCUUCACACACUCCAUAACAUACUAGUCUUACUCAAGUCUGAGUCGGUUGGAAGGGCGGGACCAUUCGAUGUGAACCCAGACCUAAUGCAGUCAGUAUUCGACAGCAGUCAUUUCUCUUACAGCGAUGACAACGAAUCCGACUCUUCUGAGGAGGAAUAUGAAGGACCAGGAGAUUGGGAAACUGUGCCUACAAACCUCCCCGAACUCGAAGUGCCAACGCGGUCGUAUCUAAGCAGUACGUCAUCAGUGCAAUCGCAGGCACAGGCCAGUCAUAUGUUGCCUAUGGAUACAACGAUAAGUACAGCAGGGGGUUACAUGUCAACUGCUGCAGCUUCAGUGGCAUCAUUCUGGCGGGCAGCAACGGGGCAGACGGAGAAAAGAUGAUUGGGUGCCCUCGCAUCAGUAGGAUUCUGUUGCAGUAGAACUAGACGUAGACGAGAGCCGUCUGUUGAACACAAAAAGUAAACAGUCAAACGCAACCCUAAUGUCUUAAGGCCUACCUCAACAUAAGUGUUUACCUGGUGUUUGAUGCUAGAUUCCACAGGUAUUUGACCCUAACCAACACUUCUUCUUUAUAAUUGUUGGGAUGUACAAUGCCUGUGGACAAAGGGGAAUGGCUUAUAUGGAGGUAGGCCUUUGUAAACAGUGCAUGUUCCAGCAAAUUUGGUUGAAUUCAUUAGCUUUGUACUAUAAUAUUAGUCUUGAAUUUAUAAACCAGCUCGUUAACUAGUAUGCCCCAGCUAAAGACAUUGAUUGUAACUUUCAGGACACGUGAUGGUACAUGUAAGGAGGUAAUGUCGGCUUUUUACAAGAGAAGGGCAAUAGUAUACAUAUGAAAGAUGUUUCUCAUUCAGGUUGAAUAUCUCAGAUUGAACCACUCGUCUUAUGAAGUAAAGGGUGUUCCAAGGGCUCCAGUUUCUCUUGCUGGUCCACUGUUCAUAACAUGUACAGUAUCAGAGUGGAAGAUAAGUUGAUAUAAUGACUUUUUAUUCAUUAGCAGUCCCUUAGAUCUUUUCCUUUUGAUAAUUAUCUGGGAUGAACAUGGCAGAGUACCUUUGGAUUUGGGGGGGGGGGGUAUAUUGAUCAUCACAGCCACUGUCCAUGUUUGGUAUAACAGUACCAUUUAAAGAUUGAAGAGUGUUUUUUAUGCUGUUUGUUGGGGUGUGUCACUUUCAGCUGUUGCUGGGACUUGAUUAUUUAUGUUGAGCGACUGUUGAAAGUCUUGGUGAAUCUAAGACUGUUGACAUUGUCAAGCUACUGCCUCCUACUGGUGUGACCUCAUGGCACUGUGUGUGUAUCAAAGCAGGAGCUGAAACCUACCAAUGCCACCGUAUCUGAUACUGCCUUGACAAGUCAGUAUUGACUGUCACGUCUGCAGUAAUCAGAUCAGUGUUGGUCAUGUUGACAUCCGGAGUGUGAACUUCUCAUGUUGGUUAGAGUAUAUUCCUAAUAUGAGGAAAUGUCUUAUUGAAUUUGCUAUAUCAUCUCCGUGUGUUGUAAUUCCAUGUCUAAUUCUAAGUGGUAUACAUGGCUUGUAUCAUUGUUGUCAGUCUGAGAGUCUUUGCACUGAAGACACGAAUGACCGAAUUCAAGACUGGCUGAUUGAUUGGUGUAAGACACAAUGUGCCCACCACAUAGGCUGUGUCACGGCUGACAAGCUGACUGCCAUGAACCUGAUAAGUUAAGCAGCCUUUGGGAUCUUAUUCAUUCAUGUUGUCUUCUACUGUUUAAUUCAAUGGCUUUUGCCAAAGUUAGUCAAAAGAAUAUGUCCUUGAGUAAGAAUGUAUCUUUGGUGUACAUAUUAACAGUACUAUUUUAACAUACAUGCAGCAAUAUUCUCAAGUGAUAUCUCUCCGAGUGAGGGACAGAAAAAUUAUACUUGUUUCCCUAUCCUUGGUCUUGAUGUGUAAAAACUACAGGGAUAUUUCAUACCAGAUUCAUACUUGGACGUAUGACUGUUGCUGUGCUGGCCAACCCCAUGUGUAAAUAAGGCAACUGUCCUCCAGUUCUGUAUAUAUAUGUACAUAAAAUCUUAAAAUAAGCAUUAUAUGUUGCUUGCCAGUAGUUACUAUUGUGUUGGUGUGCUAUAAAGUUGGUGCGAAAUAAAUCUGAAAUUCGCAGUCAACAGGCAGGCUUUUAUUGUUAUGAUAUGUGAUAAUUUUUGUGUCUCAAAUAAAUGAUGACAAUAUUUA